UGUUCGUGACGACCUUGGGUUGCAAAAGCAUGGCGAAUAAAGAGCCUACCAAGUUGCUGCAGAUCCUGAGAGAUCUGGCCGGACGCAUGUCCUCUGGCUCAAGGGGUGCUGGACUUGGGCUGAAAUUUUUAAUUGGAGCAGGUGCACUCGCUUAUGGCGUCAAAGAGGCCACAUACACGGUGGAAGGUGGUGAGCGGGCGAUCAUCUUUAACAGAAUUGGAGGGAUGCAGAUGGAUACUGUCCUCUCGGAAGGUCUCCACUUCAGGAUACCAUGGUUUCAGUAUCCAAUCAUAUAUGAUAUCAGAGCCAGACCAAGAAAAAUAUCAUCUUUAACAGGAAGUAAAGACCUGCAGAUGGUGAACAUCGCGUUGCGUGUGCUGUCGCGACCUGUGGCCUCCAACCUUCCCAUCUUGUACCAGCAUCUGGGGAAGGAUUAUGAUGAGCGUGUGCUGCCGUCCAUUGUCAAUGAGGUUCUAAAGAGUGUGGUAGCCAAGUUCAAUGCUUCCCAACUCAUCACACAAAGAGCCCAGGUGUCUCUGCUGAUCAGACGGGAGCUGUUUGAACGCGCUAAGGACUUUAACAUUAUUCUCGAUGAUGUGGCCAUCACAGAGUUGAGCUUCAGCAGAGAGUACACAGCAGCUGUGGAGGCCAAACAAGUUGCCCAGCAGGAGGCGCAAAGAGCUCAGUUCUUUGUCGAGAAAGCGAAACAAGAACAGAGACAUAAGAUCAUCCAAGCUGAGGGAGAGGCUGAGGCUGCCAAAAUGUUAGGAGAAGCCGUCACAAAGAACCCUGGAUAUCUUAGACUGAGAAGAAUCAGAGCAGCGCAGAAUAUUGCCAAAACGGUGGCAGCUUCACAGAACAAGGUCUACCUGAGUGCAGAUAGUUUGGUUCUGAAUCUACAGGAUGAUGCUUUUAACAAAUUGUCACUCGGAAAGCUGUAACCCUUCAGAAUGCAAUUUCAUUCCAAGUGUUAUAUUACCAGAUGGCUUUUCCUGAUUGGGUUAAGAAAGGCCGUGUCAUCCAGGGAAGACUUAUUAAACAUCUAAUGGUUUAGUCCUGGUUCCUCAGGCAAAUUUUAACCCACAAUUUGCUGAGAGUCAAAAGACUGCAGUUUUGUUAAUUUUCUGCCUAAUGGAUGAAGGAAACAAUGUACUGAAUCAUUUGAAUUUCGUUGUUGAUUGUUAUUAUAGCUGUAAUAGUGUCUAUAAGUGAAAUUUAAAAGUGAAUUUUAUCCACCCAUUCUUUUAGGAGUUAUCUUUCAGGAUGUCUUUCCUUAAAUGUAAUGGCCUGUCCAAUUGUAUGCAUGGCACAAAAUUGCAGUUUAAUAAAACCAACUUUACUAUGUGAAA